AGGUGACUUGGAGGCGGCGCAGCAGAAGAUGGAGGACAGGGAGGAGACGGAGGAGGAGGUGGAGGUGGUUGACACACAUCAGGGUUGCUGUUUAAUAACACAGACAAGACCAGAAUAGCAGGGCGUCUCUGCAUCCAGCCAUCUUCACGUCUGAAACUUAAGUCGGGCCUAAAAAUGUUCUUCCAGAAUAACCUUAUGAGAUACGAGAAGUAAUCAUAUUCUCCAAGCUGAAGGAUAAUUGACUUUUUUGUGAAUGAAGCCUUCAUUUGAAAAUUGUGUUCUCAAUUAUAAAUUUGUCCUGAUGAGGCGCGAAGCCGACAUUACUAGUUCAACCAGUCUCCGGCAGUCUGGCCCUUCUGGGACUCCUCCGUCAUCAUCAUCAUCACCUCCACCCUCCUCUCUUCUCACUCACCUCCUCUUCCUCUGCUCCGCCGCUGCUGCUUCACUCGCUGCUCCUUCCCCGCACAGCCGCAGUCCACGGCCCCGUCAGUGGCCGAGCCGCUGCUGCGCUCUUUUCUCCCUUUUUUCUUCCAUGAUCAUCAUCCCUCUUCUUCCCUCUUCCCUGAGCUGUGUCUCUGUCCGCCGGCCUGAAUCAUCUGCACCCCUAACAUGGGAAUACAAAGCUGUCGUUCUUCCAUCUAGACGGGAAGUCGCAGCUCACAGAGUCAAGACGGGGAGCAUAAUGAGUGAGGAGCCGCCGGUCUCCCCCAGCUGGCUGGGCCCCGAUCCGACAGCAUGGGCCAGCGGGGGACCAAUGGACAACACCACCAGCUUAGGGAUGUUCCCAGCGAAGGACUCCCCACUGCCACCCAGCCAGCUGCCGCUGCUGGUCAACCCCUGGGACAUCGUGCUGUGCUCAUCGGGGACUCUGAUCGCCUGUGAGAACGCCUUGGUGGUGCUGGUGAUCUGGCAGAACCCGGCACUCAGAGCUCCCAUGUUCCUUCUGAUCGGCAGCCUGGCUCUGGCGGACCUCCUGGCCGGCCUAGGCCUCGUUCUUCACUUUACCUGUGCCUACCUGCUUCGCUCGGACUCGGCCCAGUUGCUGACAGUAGGUCUGGUGGUGGCUUCGUUCUCGGCUUCUGUCUUCAGCCUGCUGGCUAUCACCAUUGACCGCUACCUGUCGCUGUACUACGCCCUCACCUACAACUCGGAGAGGACGGCGGCCUUCACGUACACCAUGCUGGUGCUGCUGUGGGGUCUCUCCCUGUGUCUCGGCCUGCUGCCGGUCACUGGGGUCAACUGCCUGGCCGAGGAGGCUACCUGCAGCGUGGUGCGACCGCUGACAAAGAACAACAUCGCAGUUCUGUCCGUCUCCUUCCUGCUCCUCUUCGGCCUUAUGCUGCAGCUCUAUGUACAGAUCUGCAAGAUCGUGAUGCGCCACGCCCACCAGAUCGCCCUCCAGCACCACUUCCUGGCUGCCACGCCCUACUACGUCACUACGCGGAAGGGCGUGUCAACCUUGGCCAUCAUCCUGGGUACCUUCGCUGCCUGCUGGAUGCCGUUCACUGUCUACUCCCUCAUUGCUGACUACACCUACCCUCCGCUAUACACUUACGCGACGCUGGUACCUGCCACCUACAACUCGGUCAUCAACCCGGUCAUCUAUGCCUUCAGGAACCAGGAGAUCCAGAAGGCGCUGUGGCUGGUGUGCUGCGGCUGCGUGCCAACCAGCGUGGCUCACCGUGCUCGGACACCCAGCGACGUGUGACCGUGCAGGCACAGGUGGGACGAGAAGAGGCAGCCUGGGUCAGCUCUGCUCCUCGUUUGACCCGUCCGGUGUCACAAGGAGGGCAGCAGCAAAGGGCUGUGGGUGCGGCUCUGGCUGGAGAUGCAGCAGCCCACUUUGUCUCACUGUCUUCCCUACUUAAGGCCAAGAAGGUGGGAGGCAUCCUGCCCACACCAAGCACGGCACGCCCUUUUCUUAUUUCUGCAAAAAAAAAUGCAUCCCAUGUCCCAUGCGGCAGCUGUGCGCCUAAGACAUGCACACACUAACAGCUCUGUAGCUUGACUUGAUUUAAUGAUGCACAUAAAUGAUCGUACAGAUGCGCAGCGGCUGAGCAACACUCGCAGCCUGUCUGGGGCAGCCAGCAGCAGCGUCCCGACACUGUUGGUACUGCUGCUGCACUCUGGACGUGCGUCGAAAGCCGAGCAGCCGCGGGGAGUUAAAAAUAGACCCGAUGCUCUCUGAUCCGCUCCACAGACGCCGGGGAAGAAAUCUAGCCUCUAUUUCUCCUGUCCUCACCCAUUUCCUCCACCUACUUUCUCUCCUCCCUCUUUUGGCUGUAGUUUGCAAUGCGCAACAAUAAGAAAGGCUCCAAACGGACCCGCCCUAACAUUACCUCUCUUCUAUAUUUUUGUUGCUAUAUAUACACCAAACCAAACCAAGCCUAUCAGAUUAUCUUCAUGUCCUUCUCUUUAACAUUUUUAAGGCAUCUCAAGAUCUAAUUGGAUAUCCAAUUCACCAAAGUUAGCUAGAACAGCAAAAUUAUUUGUGAUUUGAUCAGAACCAUUAGAUUUAAAGCAACUGGCCAGACCUUUCUGUACAAUAAAUCAAACUCACUUUAGAUAUAGUUUGUCAGCUAUAGAACAAGACGUCACCAUCAGUUUAAUCUAUUUCUAUCUCAUGUUUUAUUAACAUGAAAUCCCCCCAAAACAAGCUUCCACAGGAACAUGCCUCCAGUGACAUCACACAAGGUAAAAGGCAGCUGCCCAGAGUUCUUCUGAGCAAAUCCAUCCGUAUUAUUGUUUUCUUCCUCUAUUUUCAUGACUUCAGUCAACAUAAGGUUGAACUCCUUGCAAUUCAAAUUCAGCUCCAAUGGUUCAGAAUCAGUGUUGCAAUCUAUCCAUCAUAAGGUUCGCUAAUGCCAGCUGUUUAGCUUGGUUCUUGUGCCUCUUGUGAUGUCAUAAAUCCGAAACAGAACGCAGUAUUUCCUUCCUUGAGCGCCCUUUUUAAAACCAUAGUAUUUUGUGAAAUCCAUGUUUCGCUACCAGGCUGUGUUCAUAUUGUCAGUGUACAUUUGUUAAUAAAAGCAAAAACAACACUGGAGAACAUCUUCAAAUAAAGAAAUUAGCCGUGAUUUGCAUGCAACUAGCACAGUUCAGUGAGGUAGGUCACACUGGCCACUGCAGGCAAUGUGCCAUGGCUGCCUGACAUCAUGGUGACCCAAAUAAUUUUGUUUAUGUAGAAAGCACCACAGUGUACCUCACAUGUGCUGCAUUUUAAGAGCUAAAACAAGGUCAUGGAAGCUGUUAUUUGUUUAAACAAUGUCAAUAUUUUUGCUUUUAGCAUUACAAUACCUUGCAAAGGUUUUCACACUUUAAACUUUUUCAAGUUGUAUCACGUUACAACCUAAGACCCGAGUGUUUUUCAUUGGGAUAUUAUGGAACAGAAAGAAAUUAUUGGGAAAUUAUUUUAGGGGUAUAUUUGGGGUCAUUGCUGCUAAAAGGUAAACCUCUGCACCAGUCUCAAGUCUUCUGUACCUUCUAAUAGGUUUACUUCCAGGAUAUCAUAUAUUUAGCUCCAUCUAUGUUCCCAUUAACUCUAACCAGAUUCUCUGUGCCUGAGAAAUCAAACCAUCCCCACAGCCUGAGGCUGCCAUCACCCUGUUUUGCAAUGUUGAUGGUGUGUUCAGGGUGAUGUGCCAUGGCACUAUAUAGUGUUUUGCAUGUAGGCCAAAAAGUUCAAUUUUGGUCUCAUCUGACUUCUAAAGGCAGUUGUUUGCACUAAAUUUUAUUUAGCAAUAUAGGAGUAAGGGGGCCUGAAUACAAACGCAUCCCACUUUUCAAAUUUUCACUUGUAAGAACAUUUUGACAACCAUGUAUCCUCCCACCUGUUAGUUGCUACUUUGUGUUGGUCUAUCUAAUAUAAUCCCAAUGAAACCACGCUUUGUGGUUGUAGCGUGAUAAAAUUAGAAAAACUUCAAGAUGUUUGAGCACCUUCGCAAAGCACUGUAUAUGUGCUACAUGCUGAAUGAAGACAAGUCCUAUCACUUCCAUGCUGCUCUGAGUUACUGUCUCCAAUCAUCUGUUGGUUCUCUGAUCCUUCGGAUCAUGUUAGCAAUAACUAGCCUGAAUGGUAGUUAUUUUUUAGAUGUGAAGCAAUACUCUGACAACAAUAGCAUCCGCGGUUCCCUGAAGCACCAGAACGUCUUAGCAAGCAGGCUCUGACAGCCAAAAGUGAUAGAUAGUAGAAAAAGUGUUGUUAAUUUCUCCCGGGGCAAGAUCAAACUGCUUGUUCAUACUGGUGACACCACUGCCUCAUUUUAUCCACAAACCCUAAAUAGGGUUAUGAUCAUUUGUCACAUCAGGAGGAGAAUUGUGAGGUUCUUCUUCUCUGCCUCUCCUGAGUGUACAAGGUGUCGUGGGCAUUGUUACCUCAAAGAACAAAAAGGGAUUUCUUUCUUUGUGAGUGUGUGUCUGGUCUAAAUUGCCUGGCAUUCUGAGCGUGUGCACAGGUGUGUGUUAUUAUGUGUCUUAUGUGUUGUUGACACCCCUGACCUUAGAGGAUUACACUGUCAGUCUUCCUGUCGGUACCGGGAAAAGUGGCCUCGUUCCGGGUUCCUUGGAGGGAGAUGGGACAAGGAGGUUUGGCGCCCCAGCACUUCAAGCCAAGGGGAAAAGGGACUCUGAAUGAACUGCGAUCCCAAUCCUGCUGUUUUCUUCUGUGUCGCCUGUCGUUACACUCUACCUUAAACCAGUCUGGCUGAGACAGAUGUAGGUUAAGUGACCUCAAUGAUCCUAUAAGGUAAAAAUGGCUUCUUGCAAAUACAAAGAUGAGGUUUUAUUUAUUUUGAUUUUAUCUUUGUUUAAUUCAGCCUCAUAAAGACAUUCCAGGAGCUUCAAAUGUUCCUCUUUGUGGCAGGAAAGGAAUAUUUUUUAAAAUGGAGAGAUUAGCUCAGAAAAGGAAAAACAUUUCUAAUCAAGGAAAAUUAGCCUGUGUGGGAUGUUGUGUGAAGAGGCAGACUCAAUCUUGUAGAUUUACAAUAUCUUGUAAAAGUAUUCAAGCCCCUUUAACUUUUGCACAUUUUGUUUUGUCACAACCAAAAAUGUCAAGUAUUUUAUUGGGACUUUAUUUGAUAGAAUAAGACCAAGUAAGACGUGAAGAAAAACAUUAGAUGGUUUCAAACAUUUCUACAGCUAACAAUCUGAAAAAUGUCUACAUGUAUUCAGCCUCCCUGAGUUAAUGCUCUGUAGAGCCACGUUUGGCCAGUUACAGCUACAAGAUCUCUACCAGUUGAACACAUCUAAAAACUGAAAAUUAGCUCAGGCAGAUUGGAGGGAGAAAAUCUGUAGACAUAGCCCCAGACGGCAGUUUGGAAACCACUGAUCUAAACCAUUCCAAUACAUCCAACAGGUUUUCUUCCAGGAUUGCACUGCGGUUCGCUCUACCCCCCUUCCCAUCAACUCUGAUCAGCUUACCUCUUUCUCUGGUGAAGAAAAGCAUGAUGCUGCCACCAUGUUUCACCAUGUUGAUGGUGUGUUCAGGGUGAUGCGCUGUGUUAGUUUUCUGCCAUACAUAUCAUUUAGCAUGUAGAACAGAAAGGUCAGUUUUGGACCGACCGUUUCCCCUGUCGUCGCUGAAGAAAACUAUCCCCACAGCACCAUCAGUUGGCUGCACCAAUUGUUACUUAGGAAUAUCAGACUCAACGGUGCUGCAUACAAACGCACAAAACACGGUUCAGAUUUUUAUUUAAAAAAUGAAUUUUGAAAACUAUGAAUCAGUUUUAUUCCACUUCACAUUUAAGCACUGCUUUCGUUCUCUCAUGUAAAAUCCCAAUAAAAUACACUAAAAUCUGUGGUUGUGACUAAAUGAGGAAAAGUUCAAGAGGUAUGAAUACUGUUGAAUGUUUUUGCAAGGCAUCAUGGGUCAUACUGGUUCACCAUAACCAUCAUUACUUUUUAUAUGUUAUAGUAACUCAGAGGAUGUAUUUUCUAUUCAUCCCUUCAGGUGUCUGAUGUAUGACACGAACGUGCUGUAAAGCCUUUCUCUGAAUGUAGUAUCUAUAAAACAUGGGUUGCACCAUUUUGUUUUAUUUGUUAAUGUCUGAAUCAUUUUCUCCAUUUAAUAUGCAGCGGUGUUUGUUUUUAAUUUUGUCCUGUCGGACUUGCAGACUGAUGGGGCAAAUGUUGGGGAAUUCAAUCGACACACAAUCGGGGAAUGCGAAUCUCUUGUUGCAUCUGUAUUGACGAGAUUUUCAUUGCUGAGCAUCUGAACAAGGGCUUUGUAUCCAGGAAAGGUGACGGACUGCAAAGGUUGAGUGUAUUUAUUGUUGUCUAACACACCUGUUUAUCUACUUAAUGCAUUUAUUUUGUAAUAAUGCACAAAAAUGUGAACAAAGUAGUUUUUUUUAUAUAAAUAACUGUUGGACCAGCAGGACGAGGUUGUCUUCCUUUCUGAUGGUUACUAUUUUAGAGCUAAAUAUCAAAACACUCAAGGGCCUGUGAAUGUGUGUGUGAGCGUGAAUGACAUCAGGUUGAAGCCACAGAAACAGCAUCUUGUGUAGACGUAAUUUUCAAUGUGAAAUGCACUUUAUUUUUCUGGGGGGGUAUUAAAAUGGCACAAUGAAUAAUUUAUCUGCAAAGCGCAACGUAUAGACGAUAAUCAACCUGCACUAACUUAACUAAAAUAUUGUAAAAAAAAAACAAAAACAAUGUUUGUGUGAACGUGGCGUCUAUUUUUCAAAGGUGUUAGAUGUACUUUUUAUUGUUUUGGUUAGUGCACUCAGAGAUCUUGUUAAUUUUGUAUUAAAGACAAACGUGCUGUGCAUAAAA